UCCGCUCUGCGCCGGAAGGGCUGCCUUUCACGACCGGAAGUGUCUUUGUUGUGUAAAAGACCGGAAGUGCAAGGAAGGAAAAAUGGGUUGCGAUGGGGGAACUAUUCCUAAAAGGCACGAGCUGGUGAAGGGGCCUCGUAAGAUCGAGAAGCCCUUCUGUCUUCCAGAGUGCAGCGAUAGUAAGGUUGACAAAAAUGCAGAAUUAGUGGCCCAGUGGUACUACUGCACUCUAAGUCAAGAAAAAUUAAGCAGGCCUAUAGUAGCUUGCGAGCUUGGCAGGCUAUACAACAAAGAUGCAAUCAUUGAAUUUUUGCUGGAUAAAUCUUCUGAUAAAGUCCUUGUGGAAGCAGCAUCCCAUAUCAAGAGUAUUAAGAAUGUCAUAGAAUUGAAUCUCACAGACAAUCCAGCUUGGACUGGUGACAAGGGGAAUACAAAGGGAGAUAAAUAUGAUGACAUCCAGAGUGCACGUUUUAUUUGCCCUAUAGUUGGUUUGGAAAUGAAUGGAAGAUAUCGGUUUUGUUUCCUGCGCAAUUGUGGAUGUGUGUUCUCUGAACGUGCUCUCAAAGAAAUAAAAACUGAAGCUUGUCACAAGUGUGGGAUCACCUUUCAAGAUGAUGAUGUGAUUGUCCUUAAUGGUACUAAAGAGGAUGUGGAAGUGCUGAAGAAAAGAAUGGGAGAGAGAAGGUUAAAGAGUAAAUUGGGGAAGAAAUCCAAGAAAUCUAAGGCAGCAGAGACCACUGUGAAAUCUGAAGCUAUGGAAGAUUUGCCCACAUCAUCUCAAGUAAAUGCUGAAAAGGAUGCCACAAACAUCAAAUCUGGAGAAAAUAGAAGCAUUGCCUUCUGUAAGGGUACAGUUAAUGAAAGUCCAUCAUCUUCAUCUGGAAAUGGCAGCAAAAAUUCAUCUGGUGCCCCCAAGCGGUCCAUUGCAAGCAGCGCAGAGAAAUCAGAAGCAUACAAGUCUAUUUUUACUUCCCACAGCUCAGCCAAACGCUCUAAGGAAGAGUCUUCCAAUUGGAUUACACAUACAGCAUACUAUUUCUGAAACAGUAAAGUGUUCUGUUUUUAGCAGGUCCUGCCCUUUUCCUCCCUGCAGCUUUUCCUCUGAAAAGGGAGGACUUUGUUUUCUGUUAUGUGCAGUUUGCAAACAAUUUAUAAAGACCAUCCAUACCUAACUAUGUAAAGCAGAUAAUAAAAGCAUUUAGCAUAAAUCAGCUUUUUUUUUUUAAGGGGGGCAGUAAUUUGAACAAGUACCAAUUGUUGGGAUUGCAAGUGAUGAACCCAGUGGUCCUGCUCAUUUUGAAUAAUUGGGAUGCGUAUAUCAUAAUAGAACAGAAACAGGUGUCCAGUCUACAUCAUCCAGCUUGCAUGGGUGCCGUCUAAUAUUCUUCAGGCAUCCUUUCCAACCCUGUUUUAGUGUGGGAUUGAAGAUAAGGGAUGUGGAAUAACAAUAGAAGACUAGCAUUACUACUUCCGGCCAAGUUCUUCCCCUAGAUUUGUUACAGCUUUGAAUAGAUAGGUCAAGAUGCAAACUGGGAUGUAUCAGCAAAUGGAAGAUGUUCCGCCAUGUCCUUUCCCAAGUGUGAGAUGACUUAAUGUGUCCUGGUGCCACACCAGGAGCAAUCAUUUGAGAGGACUGCGGGGUGUUGAACCACACUAUACAGUUUUGUGGCCUCUAGCCCAGUUUAUCCAUCUUUACCAGUGUAGCUGUUACCAAGUUUUUAGAAGUGAUAUUGUUGAAUAUUUAAUUUUGGUUUCCAGUGUUGUACCUUGUCAAAGAAGCAAAGCAGAGUCUUAUGUAAUAUUUCUGACAUCUUGUCCUUACAAAUAAAAACACAAUAUUCCCAAA